UCGGCGCCGGCCCUAGGGCGCGACACUUGCCAGCGGGGCCGGCCCCGGCCGCUCGGGGCUGCCGUGGGACGCGGCCCGCCAUGGAGCGGGUGUGCCGGCACGCCCGGGCGCCGCGGAAGAAGCGCCGCUUGUCCCCGCUGCCGGGUGCUGACCCGGGCGGAGUCGGCAGCCGGGCCAGCCUCUCCCGGCGGCGGCUCUUCGGGAGCGCGGCCCGCCGCGGGCUGCAGCCCGGCAGUCUGAAGAAAAAAUCUGGUGUGAAAACCCUACCAGAUAUCAAAGAAAAUCUUGAAGUUACCAAUGUGAGCCCUUCUUGCAACCAAAGCAAUCAGGUAAAAGUCAAAGAAAAAACGGACUUGGAAAUAAAAGUAGAGAAAACAGAAGAAAGCACUGUACUACUGAAGGAAUCCCUGAUAAUCAGCUCUGAAAGUAAAGAAAGUCUGAAAGAUGCUGAAUGGACUUCAAGUACAGGAAUGACUCUUCCUACAGGUGUUUCAACCUUUCUCCUAGAAUGUUUAGAUGUGGAUAGAACUGCAGUUGGUAACACAAGUACUAGUGACAGCCUGAGCAGUUGCCCAUCCCCUGAAACAUUCAGAUGUUCAGAAGAAAGCAGUUUCUACUCUGAGGACUUUGGCAAGUACAAGAACUCUACUCUCCUGAAUUCCAGCAGAGCAGUGACCAUAGAUAAGAUGCCACAGAUCUCAAAUGUUUCAGCAAUAUUAGAACCUGGUCCGGAGGAUUUUCAAGACCAAUACGCUAGAAGAAAGCGACCAUCAAAUUGCAAUUAUAGUUCUUCAGCGUUAAGUGUUUCAACUACUUUGGCAGGGAAAAAUGUCUGUAAAAUUACAGCUGCAAGAGAGAGAACUCCAGACCUAAGAACUGGUAUGCGCUGUUCUUCACCGUUAGGACCGGAAGGAAAGUCUGAUAAUCAAACUGCUAAACCCAAAAUGCUGAAGUGUAAGAAAAAGGAAAAAAAUUCUACGUUAUCAUUCAGUCAGCUUGAUGCCUCGGGAAACACUUCAGCCAAAUCGGUGGAGUUGGCAGCAGAUGUACUGCCAUCCAAACGGACAGAUGCUGUGCAAAUGAGUUCCACCAUGCUGAUCACAGGGGAAAAUAAUCUUGAUGAUGCUCGGCCUGCAGAGCUAAAUAGUUUCUUCGAUGGAAAUAGUUGUAUGAGUGAAAUGUCAUUAAUCUUUCCAGCCUCUGUGUGGCAGACAAGAAAUCUGCUCCAUCGUUAGAACUUCACCACGCCAGAGGCCUUCCAAACCUCACCCAAUUCCAGUUAACACAAAAGCGUUCUGCCUUCCCGAAGGAGUCCCUGAAGGUAACAGAAUUUAGAACUGGUUCACUGUGCAGUUCACUGGCUGUUUGAGUGUUUAAAGGUGGCUUCUUUUUGUUAAGUCUGAAUAUUUGGAAGAAUCACAAGGCUAAAUAGUAAAAAAGGCUGAAAACUUUGAAUUUCUGACCUAACAGUGUUCUUGUGCAACAGUACUUCGCUAAGGAAGUACACUAACGCUUUCUCCUUCACGGACCUUUAGCAAAGGAAUUCAUACAGUAUAGCCGUUUCCUAGGCUGGAUCGUUAAGGCCUGAAGUGCUGCUAGGUAAGCGGGAUAUCUGCACCUCUUCCAGUUACUCCUCAACGUAACUUUGAGCUUCAGUGCUGGUAUAGAGACUCCCUAGAAAAGAUACCAGCUUGUUUAGUAAAUUGUUAUCCUGUGCCUUAUUUCUAGUGUGAAUAUAUCUGACUUCAACUUUUCAGCCAUUGGGGUGUUUUAUAUCUUGCUCAGCUAAACUGAGCUCUUUAGCGUUCAGUAUUCCCACCCACCCCCCCCCCCCCCCCCGAAAGUAGUUCUCAUAGUAGGGUGUAUUUUAAAAUUAUCAGUUUCUUUCUAAAGGUUUCUGUGUUUUUCUCCUGAGACCCUUAACAUAGGGGAAUCUCCUUUCUUCACUUCCUAGGCUUUUGUUAAACAAAAAUGAGAACUGUGUACAAAACUCACUCAUCAGUACCAUAGAGGCGAAAUCCGCUCCCUUUCCAGUCUCCCUUGCAGUUCCCCGCCGUGCCGCUGGAUGGCGUACAUCUUCCUAAGUUUGAAGUCGUUCUUUCCAGACAAUGUCUGCAAGCUUUCUGCCAGUUGUAUGUGUCACUUGGGCUGCUUUAAUUUAAUACAGAGAUACUGCAUAAGCAUAAUAGCUUUCAAAAAUACUGAAUAUACACAAAUUUUCAAUGUAAUUGCAGUCUCUUAGGUCCAAAUACUCUCCUACUUCAUUACAGAUUGAGUUACAUUCAGCAUCUAGCGUGCAGGGAAGUGCUUUUUAAGUGUGUGGAAGUAUGAAUUAAUGACAAUCAUUUGAUGGUUCUGUACAGAUCAAGGAACAAGGAUGUUAAGUCGUGCCCAAGAGAACUGUGGUAAUACAGAGCAUAAGUUGUACUUGAUAGGCAAGUGGAUCUCAGGAAUUAGCCAGUGUUGGCAGAACACUAGUUUGGUUUUGUUACUGCUUUUCUAGAAAAGUCUAGGAAUCGGGAAUUAGGCUGCAUAAAGGUGGCGGUGGUGAGGUGUAUGCUGGAUGUUUUCACCUCUGCUCAAGGAGUCUUUCAAGUGAUGGUUUUCUUCGUUAGGAAUGUACAUACACUCAAAACUACUGUUCUCACUGGCAAUUGACCUACAAGAUUCAGAUUCCUCCAAAGAAAUGAUAGCAUGGAUAUCUGUUGAACAUCUAAAUGGCUUGUCAGAUCAAUGAGCUUUCCUUUACGCUUGAGAAUGUGCUGCUUAACUGAUAGUAUUUAACUUACCCUUUUUUCACCAGAUAAUAUUACGAGUACCAAAAAUUGGAUCUACUCUAAAGACAGAUGAGAUUUCUGGGUUUCAGCAGGAGUCAACAGAAGAAAUAACUGUCUUUCUGCUGUGGCAGGGAGGUGAAACAGAACUACUAACCAGUAAUUAAUGGCCUUAUUUUUUUUGGCAUAUACAUUGUUUGAAAUUUAGUACAAUGCUUUGCUGUAAGCUUGUAAAUAGUUCACACAAGUACUUAAUAUUAAAUGGUUUUGUACGAGCAACUAGAUUUUAUGCUGGGCGUUGUUCUGUAAGAAAUCCUUAAAGAUGAUUCUUCAGUUCAUUUAGGUUUUUAAAAAGUGUGGCUUGGGAACAGCAGACCAAAUUGCAUUAAUGGAAUUAUUUUUGGCCCUUGCUCUGCCAGGAUUUCUAGGUUUCUCCAGUAGCAUUUGUAUCUAAAGAUGUUACCCCUGCUUGAGUAAAGCAGUGUUAAUGCUGUUUAUAAAGGUAGCUGCAUGUCCUGGAAAUGCAUGUGUAAAGCAUUCAUCUACCUUCAGCGACCCAGAAGUCAAUAGUACACUAGCUAAUUCUUGUGUACUCCAUGUAUGCUUUGUAUAAAUGCACUCCUUGAAUGCUUUGGUCUCCAGAACUUUGGAGGUACAGGACUCUGUGUCUUCUGCUGUAAAUUCAUUUACAGAACAUGAAAACAAGUCUUCUUCACCCUACCAUCACUGCAUGCUAGCUUUUUAUGAUAAGCGCUGUCACCAUUCUAGGCACAUCCACUGUCAUCUCGGAGUCCUUCCUGUCUUCAUCUCUGUCACUUUGUAGUUUCACUUAUCUCAGUCAUUGGGUCUUCUAGUGGCUUCAGACUUGGGUGAAGGAAGUAGGUGCCUUACAUGAAUACAAGGGUGGAAAAACCCCUUUUAUAGCUGAACUGUCUCAAGAACUGAUACCAGUAUUCUGGAUUUUCAGGUUCCUUCUCACACUGUGUGGCAUAUAGGAUACAUUCCCAGUCAGUGCUUCCAGUUCAGUUUGUGGAUUGUUAAUCCAUAAACGUGCUGAAUGCUUCAGAAAACAAGAGCAUGGUUUUUCUCCACUUGAAUUCACUGCAGGCUAAAGUAAUUUGGAUCCCCUAUGGUGUUCUCACUACACUGCCCCUUACUCAGACUUUUGUAGUUAUAAAGGAAGUUUUUCAAUGUUUUAAAAUUAUAGUAUGGCUUUCCAAACCUCUUAAAGUCUGAGUUUGUUUCUCAGUAUUAUCACCCAGAAUAUUCAUGCCCUGGAAAAUAGUUGUGUAUUUCCAAAAAGAGCACAUCAAGAAGACUUAGAAAAUCCACAACUUUAAUUAGUUUGACUACAUUUGAAAAUACCUGUGAAAGUUCAGACCCUGAGCUCUGGGGUAGAAGGAAGUGCAUAUUAAUGCUGCUAGAUUAGUCUACGAACAAGUAUUGUAUAAACAUACCAUAUGGCUCAAGGUUAGAAAUUAUGCCAUUAAGUUAUUUUUCCUUUUAAGUGUUAGUAGAAUGAAUUCUGCCAAUAACUCCUUGGAGUCCUCUCAGGUAUGCUUCUAAUUAUCAAUAUCCUUGUUCUUGCAAAUACUAAGCCACCGGUAAUUAUGCAAGAAUCUAGAGCCCCUAGGAGAUUAGAGGUGAGCUCUUUGAUGCAGUUUUAAGCAAAAUUGAAAGUUAUGCAUCUAGUAAGUCGUUAUGAUGAUGAUUGUUCAAGUAAAGGAUGAUCUAGGAUGAGAGAUGUUUGUCAUAAGGGUAUUCUCAGAGUCCUAGGCAAAAACACUUACUUUACCUCAAACCAUUUUGAAGUUUCUAUGCAAGAAACAGACUAAUACUGACAAGCUAACUGGAGAGUACAAGAGAAGCAAUUAGGGUGUGUAACCCUGGAGUUAGUUGUAGCAGCCCAAAUACUGCUGAGUUUUGCUUUUGUUUUUCUUGAUGUGAGGAGGCUAUGUUAGAAGGACAGAAAUACCAUGAGCCACAAUCUCUCUUGUCCUUCCCUUCAGUUAUGAAAGCGCUGCUUCUUAUUUUCAUCUUUUGUCUGACUCUCAGAGAAAGUGUAAUUAAUUACCAGACUAGCGCUCUGCCCCAGGGAAGGAAAUCUUAUUCAUGCUGAGGCCGCAACAAUAUCUACUCUUGUUCUGCUUUUCUCAAAGGGAAGGCAUUUACCCAUGUUUUGGUUUUAAACUGAAGAAUGACUGCAUAAAAUUUCAUUCAAAGUGGAAACUGGCUCUUCCAUAUUAGUGGAUAAAGGUUAUGGGUCACAGCCAGUUAACGGGUAGUACAGAAGAGCUUAUUUCUGCAGUGAUUCAGGAGAGAAAUCUGUUCAGUGUCAAUAGGGCUGCUCUCUCUCAUCCUAGACAUGAUGAAGUCUUAAUGGCGUGAAUGGAAUUGCUUAGUGAGUCAGUCUGUGCAAGAACUGUGAUAAUACUUCAUCACUAGGAAUUGUGCAUUGCGGAUGCAUGUUUAGUAAAUGUAUUAUACAUAAAUCUGUAUUUAAUAUAGAUUUAUAUAUAUAAUAUAAAUAUGCAAGAGGUUUUUCAUUAACACGGUUCAGUUAGUUCUGUUAUCUGAAGUGUACUUCUAGGAGACUUUGACUUAAAGUGGUUGGAGAUGAUGAAAGAUGUUUGCUUCUCACACCAGAGUGCUACACGGGUCCAUGUACUAGUUGUACUGUUGGAGGGUAAAGCCCUUACGUGCAAAUGGUUCUGUUCUGGCUCAUAAUCUCUAAACGCAGGAGGGGUUUGGGCCGAAGGCAACGUGCACUGAGUGGACACGGUUGAAACUAGUGUUCUUUGUGUAGGUAUGAAGAUCUGCCUGUACAGAGAUUUUAACAAGAGCAUGGACGAUUAAACUUGUAUUUAUCACUUUUUCUCUUGCUGCCCACCCUCCACUCCCUUGGUUAAGGCUUGAUUGACAUACCUACCAGAAUCACUUGCUCUAUUAAUAGAGUUUUGGAAGAGGCUAGUAUUUUACUUUUAAAGGGACUCUUCAGCUUGAAUUGUACUGUACUUGAUAUUAGCUAAAUCUUCAUCGCUGUAAAUUGUGAAACUACUGAAAGCAGAGUUAUGUAUUCUGGCCAAAAUUCUAUUAGUUCGUGGUGUUCCCUCAGGACUUUUUAUGUCUGAGACAGUAUUUGCGUGCCCAUCUCGAAGCUAGGGGGCUUUCACGUGGUGAGGGGGUGUUCAUCUCUUAAAGCUGUGACAGGCAGUUGUAUCUUCCAUACAGCACAAGGAGGAAAAGUUGCAUCUAAAUGUCAUUUCCUAUUUUCUGUUAAAAUUAUCUUCAACUUCUAGUAGAUGAAAACCAAAGUUCCUACAGAUGGCUGGCUGUCAAGAGUUGUUGUAUAGAUAUGUUACACAUGCACUAAAUUAGGCCUUUUAAAAAUAAUCUGCUUAAUUUAAUCUUACAUCAUACCCAGUUUAAUUCCAUUUUCUAGGGAAAGCAGAUGAGUCAGUUUUGUCAGUCCUUAAUUAAACUUUCUAGUAGUGUUGUAUCUGAACAGCAAGGCUUGGAGGAGACUCUUAACUGUAACCAAGAUUUCCAUUUCAUUUAAACAUUUACUAAUAAAAGUUUUGCAAAACUCCA